GGAGCCGCCACGGCAGGGCUGCGGGGACUCCCAUGAUGAGAGAUUUGGGGGUACUUCCCUCUGUGUAAUUGAUAGUCUGGGCAACGAAGAGAUGGCUGACAGUGUCAAAACCUUUCUGCAGGACCUUGGCAGGGGAAUCAAAGACUCCAUCUGGGGCAUCUGUACCAUCUCAAAACUAGAUGCUCGGAUCCAGCAGAAAAGAGAGGAACAGCGUCGAAGAAGGGCAACUAGUGUCUUGGCCCAGAGGAGAGCCCAGAGUGUAGAGCGGAAGCAAGAGAGUGAGCCACGUAUUGUUAGUAGAAUUUUCCAGUGUUGUGCUUGGAACGGCGGAGUUUUCUGGUUCAGUCUCCUCUUGUUUUACCGAGUGUUUAUUCCUGUGUUUCAAUCAGUAACAGCCCGAAUUAUCGGUGAUCCCUCACUGCAUGGAGAUGUUUGGUCAUGGCUGGAAUUCUUUCUCACAUCAAUUUUCAGUGCUCUUUGGGUGCUUCCCCUGUUUGUACUUAGCAAAGUUGUGAAUGCCAUUUGGUUCCAAGAUAUAGCUGACCUGGCAUUUGAGGUAUCAGGGAGGAAACCUCAUCCAUUCCCCAGUGUCAGCAAAAUAAUUGCUGACAUGCUCUUCAACCUUUUGCUUCAGGCUCUCUUUCUUAUUCAGGGGAUGUUUGUGAGUCUCUUCCCCAUCCAUCUUGUGGGUCAGCUGGUUAGUCUGCUGCAUAUGUCUCUUCUCUAUUCACUGUACUGCUUUGAGUACCGUUGGUUCAAUAAAGGAAUUGAAAUGCACCAGCGAUUGUCAAAUAUAGAAAGGAAUUGGCCUUACUACUUUGGAUUUGGCUUGCCCUUGGCUUUCCUCACAGCAAUGCAAUCCUCCUAUAUUAUCAGUGGCUGUCUCUUCUCUAUCCUGUUUCCUUUAUUCAUUAUCAGCGCCAAUGAAGCAAAGACUCCUGGAAAAGCAUAUCUUUUCCAGUUGCGCCUCUUCUCCUUGGUGGUGUUUUUAAGCAACCGACUUUUCCACAAGACAGUCUACCUGCAGUCAGCCCUGAGCAGCUCCUCCUCUGCAGAGAAGCUCCCUUCUCCACAUCCGUCUCCUGCCAGACUGAAAGCUGCUGCAGGCCACUGAGUCCUGCUGUCCAGAGAGGAUGGGUGGGAUUGGGUGGAGGAUGUGGCAGCUCUU